UGCUCAAGGUCUGUCGCCGCCGUCUCGCUCGAUCUCCAUGGCGUCCUUGAUCCAAGCCAUGCAGCCUUCAGCAUCCAACAAUGCCAACAUCAUCACACGCCAUAGACGCAAAUCUCACAGCCCAGAGGUGGCGACGCUCAGCAAGGUCAGUGUCCAGGACUACAAGGUCGACCCGGCUCGCACAACCGAGACCGUUGAUGAUGCCGCUUUGUCUUGCACUCCGCCGCUCCACGAGUACCUCCACUACCUUCUCGAGCACAUGAAGUGGGACAGCGACGCGACCAAAUCCAAGCUAAAGCAACUGAUGCAUUACGAUGGCCUCGAACGCGACUCGUUGCACACGACGCUAGCACACUGCCUCAAUGAAAUCGACCGUCUCCACGACGUAGUACUCAAGAAAGCCGACCACGCCGUGGGUGACUCGAAUCAAGCCGAGGAGAGCAGCGACGCGCGGCCCGAAGAUGAAACGAACAACGAGCCAGAAGAGGAAAAGAAGCAAUUUGCAUCCUCCCUUCUUCCCCCUCGCGGGGCCAAGUACCACGUGCCAGACGCCAUCGACACCAAGCAACCUCCCGCGAACAUCAGUCCUACCUUCAGUCCAUUGCCACGACCUCAAGCCGUCGUCACGCCAGCCUCGUCCGCAUUUCGCCGUCGAAGCAGCCUCCGCCGCAAGUCGCUCACGUCGUGCAAAAGCAGCCCAGGCAAGGUCAGCGUGAGCCCUGGGAAGCACGGGAUGGCCAACCAACUCGUACUUGUCAAAGCUAAAAAGCCGAAACAGAAUGCCCGCACUGCUCCUUUCUCGUCCAUCACAACCGCCAAGAACCAGCGCUGGGCCAUUAAGAUUGCACGCAAGUUUAAGCCGCUGAACUUGAGUCUGUUUACAUUUCACCCCGCGGCCGCGGCGAUCCCACCGCCAGUGCUGGAGCUCGGCCCGCAGCAAAACGCCAUGAUGUUGCGACAGUUGCGGUACGUCAAGGGGGUGAUGCACGAGCUUCCGUGGGCCAAGGGCCGGCUUCGUGACAUGUUGUCCCAGUACACGCAGAAGGAAUUGUCCAAGGAGCUGUUGUUUCCGCAGCUGAGCCACCUGAGCACCCAAGUCCAGGACGAGCUCACGUCGAAAUCGCAAGCGCAAAAGAGCUUGUUGGAAACCAAAUCCAAGCUCACCGUGACGCUCCAACUCGCCAAGAGCGUCAUCAACGACCUGCACAUCCUCAAGUUUGGCCGACGGGGUAAACCCCAUGAGACCAAGCUCUUCUACGACGAAUGCCACCCGAGUAUGCUGUACUGGCAGUCCAAGCAAGGCGAGCGCAGCAACGCGUUCCUGCCGCUGCAUGCCGUCAAAGCCAUCCACGUCGGCAUGGAGACUGCCGUGCUCAAGAAAGCGGCCAAGAAGACGCCGAUCCUGGACCCCGACUGCUUCCUCAGCUUGGUCACCGAAGAGCGCACGCUGGACCUCAAGCUCAAGAACGCGCUGCAGCGAGACUGGCUGCUCAAGGCGCUGCGAGAGGUCGUCGAGUACGCCGUCACGUAUCGGGCCAACUUCGCCGCCAAGAAAACCCUCAACGUUACGCCGCGGUUGCGUCGCAUGUAGCAUGUCAAUGAAUAUUCACAUGCCCGACAUCAAAUAGUGUGAAGC